AUGUGGGGCCGAGGCGGGGGAACUAGCGUGGGGGGAGUGGGGGGGAGCGGUGAUGGGGAGGGUAGCGCAGGUAGUGGGGGAGGCGGGGCGGGUGGUAGCGGCAGCGCUGCCGCCAGAGUGCAUGCCAUCCGAGAUACCGAGUGGCAGGGCGUGCCGCCCGAGGAGGGCUCCACGUGGCUGCACAGCCAGUCGGUGGCCGCCACAUGGCACCUGCAUAUCUUCGUGCCGCUGGCGGGCGGUGUGGCGGUGGGCAUCCUCAACACCGCCCGAUCGGAGAUCAAGGACCUGCCAUUGGCGGUGGCAGCGGCUGUGACACUGGGCACGGGCAACAGCUUGGGGCCCGAGGUGCCCAGUGUGGAGAUUGGGGCGAGCGUGGGCAAGGGGGCGAGCGUCUACAAGGGGGCAGGCCGCGUGCUGCAGGGGGGGAGGGAGCGCACAAUUGCCCUCGUUGGUGCUGGUUCCACUGCUGGUAUCUCUGCUGGUGAGUCUCAUGUGUAUGCUGCUGAGUUGAUUGGACUCUCGGUGCUGCGCUCGUCCGUGUCGUCCUCACCCGCGUCCUUGACCACGGCCAUGGUGCUGCUAGCGUCCGUGCUGGCCGCCGUGUUGUCACAGCAGAUCCUCGGCUCCGACCCCGCCGUGCACAUCCCCCUCUACGAGUUCAGAUCGCCCGCCAGUCAGUGCUCUUCACAUUGCCAGCACGGAGAGCUGCCCUUUAACUCCUCCUCGGCCUCUGCUACAGGGGGGACGGGGGCUAGUUAUCUUCGCCUCUACGCUGCUUGCCAUUGCGCCCUAGAUGAGCCUGCCACACGAGAGUGCAGGCUCUUCCCACUCGCUGCUGAGUGUGUCAUGUCCCACACAUCACUUUCUCCUCCACCUACUCACAUUCAAGGUAGACUUUUCCUCGUGCAGCUGGUGGCCCUCAAGGUGCUGGCCACAGCGAUCUGGGUUAAUAGCCUCGAUCAGCUCUGGGAGGAUGCGUGUUGCGUCCGCGUGGAAUUCCUCCCGGAGUUGGGAGCAAAGUUCUUUUGCAGAGAUAGGGCCGACAUGAAAGUUGGUGAUUCGGACGAUGUAUCCGAUGUGGAAUUGCCCUGUAAGGAGGAAGCCAUCGUGUUGGCGAGUGCCAAAAGGCUGUUUGACGGGUUUGAGGAUCGAGCGGUUGAAUGCGAUAGGUUCGGUGAGGUUGCACGAGGGCCAUGA